AUGCUUUUUGAUCCCAAAUGUCCCCUCGAGCUGACUGGUGAAGCACUGACUGCUUUUGAGAGAAUCAAGAAUUCCCUUGCCGACGCCACCUUACUCACGCAUCCCGCUGCCGAAUCUCAGCUGUCCCUGAUGGUAGAUGCUUCGCCUGUAGCCGUAGGUGCAGUCCUUCAACAACACCUUGCUGGUUCGACUCGACCACUUGCCUUAUUCUCCAAAAAGCUCUUAGCAGAUGAGACACGCUACAGUACCUUUGGCCAAGAACUACUGGUCAUUUACCUGGCUGUGAAGCAUUUCCGGCAUUUCCUCGAAGGUCCGGGCUUCACUGUUUUCACGGACCACAAACCGUUGACUUUUGCACUUCAUUCCCACUCCGACAAGUACAAUCCGAGGGAAAUCGCCCAUCUGGACUACAUCUCCCAAUUUACCACCGUCAGCCGCCACAUCGAUGGCACGAAGAAUGAGGUGGCUAAUAUGCUGUCCAGGCUCUCACUGUCUUCCCUCCAACUCUCACGCGGGAUCGGCCUUUGUGCCAUGGCGGCUGAGCAACAGCGAGUCGGUUGUCUUGGUGACGAGUCUGUUAGUGGCCUCCAACUCAAAGACGUUCCUCUGACCACCGGCUCUGGUACCAUACUUUGUGACGUCUCGACUUCUUUUCAUCGCCCUUUACUGCCCGCCUCGAUGCGCCGAGCUGUAUUUCAAACUCUGCAUGUACUCUACCACCCUGGGAUCCGAGCCCCUCAAAAGACCAUUGCGGAUGGGUUUGUCUGGCCCGGCAUGAACAAGGACGUCAAAGCUUGGGUCCGGUCGUGUCUGAGCUGCCAGCGCAACAGGGUGUAACGUCGCAAUAAGUCCCCACCAGGCACUUUCCCCAACCCCGACGCACGGUUCAGCCAUGUGCACCUGAAUGUCGUAGGCCCCUUGCCUCCAUCCAAUGGUUUCACCCACCUCCUUACCUGUGUCGAUCGGUACACCCGCUGGGCUGAAGGCAUUCCAUUGCCGAAUGCGCAGGCUGAAACCAUCGUGAAGGCCUUCGUCAGUCACUGGGUCGCCAUGUGCUGUGUCCCAUCCACGGUUACGACUGAUCGUGGUCCCCAGUUUGAGUCUGCACUCUUCAAAACGCUACUCAAUUUUCUUGGCUGCACACGCAUUCGGACGACAGCCUACCACCCAUCAGCCAACGGUAUGGUUGAGCGUUUCCAUCGCCAGCAAAAGACCGCCCUGCGUGCCGCAGAAGACCGAGGAAACUGGUCAGACAACCUUCCUCUUGCACUCCUCGGCAUCCGCGCAGCUCUGAAGUCGGAUCUGGACUGUAGCGCAGAUGGAUUGGUUUUCGGCCCUACCCUCCGACUGCCAGGCGAAAUGGUCACCCCAACCUCUCGUGGUGCCAACGAGACUCCUGACAAUUUUGCGCAUCGUCUGCGGCAUUUUAUGCACUCGCUUUCUCCGGUGCCACCUCGAACUCCAACGACUGAGUCUUAUGUCAGAAAAGACUUGGACAAAUGCACUUAUUUGUUCGUCCGAUGUGGUCAUGUGCGCUAG